GCGGGACCCCAGCAAGGUGUCCAGCGCGAAGAUGGACGCGGCGGACGACGAGGUGGUCAUGGAGGAGCUGCGGCAGCUGGUGUGUCCGCGAGACCCUGAGACCAUCUACCACCGCCAGCACCAGCUGGGCUCAGGGGCAUCAGGAACAGUUUUCAUCGCGAAGGACCUGACGAGUAACGCGACGGUGGCCAUCAAGGACAUCGACAUGGACAAGCAGCCGAAGAAAGCCCUCAUCCUCACCGAGAUCAAAGUGAUGCGCAAGCUGCGCCAUCCUAACCUCGUUAACUUCCUGGAGGCCUACCUGCUUGACGCGCACUUAUGGGUGGUGAUGGAGCUGCUAGACGGUGGGCCGUUGACAGACGUGGUGACAGAGACCAUCAUGAAGGAGGGACAGAUCGCCGCCGUCUGCCUCAAGACUUUAGAGGGCAUCCAUUACCUCCACGCAAAUAAAGUUAUCCACCGCGACAUCAAGUCCGACAACGUCCUGCUGGGCAAGGAUGGCAGCGUCAAGGUGACAGACUUCGGCUUCUGCGCCAACAUCAUGGAGAACGAGAAGCGCCAGACUAUGGUCGGCACGCCCUACUGGAUGGCGCCCGAGGUGGUGAACCGGCAGCAGUACGACCACAAGGUGGACAUAUGGUCGCUGGGCAUCAUGGCCAUCGAGAUGGUCGAGGGAGAGCCGCCCUACCUCAAGGAGACGCCCCUGCGAGCGCUCUACCUCAUCGCCUCCACCGGCAAGCCGUCCAUUCCGUCCUGGGAUAAACUGUCCACUGACUUCCAGGAUUUCCUGAACCGCUGCCUGUGCGUGCGGAGCGAGGAGCGGGCCGACACCACGGAGCUGCUGGGGCAUCCGUUCCUGCGCUGUGCCACCUCCACCACCACCCUCAGGCCCCUCAUAGAGGCCGCCCAGCGCAUCCUCGACAAGCGCAUCACCCUCUGCAAGUGAGGGCACCACCCUCUGCAAGUGAGGGCAUCACCCUCUG